AUGGCACAAUACCCCAACGGCCAGGCAUACUACGACUAUGCCCAACACGCGAACCCCCAGGCCUCUGGGCAACCGUCUGCUGGCCGCUACGAGGCUUACUCGACCCCAAACACUGCGCCUGAUCAGCAUUUACCUCGCAGGAUGCCAAGCUACAAUGCUGGGGAUGAUUCCGGAUUCUUCAACCCUCCCCAAACCCAGAAUCAGCGAGCGACCGCAGGAAACGCACAGUACCCAGGACAAUAUUCAGCACAAGGUGGUGGAUUUGGGGGCACUGGAACAGGGGAUUAUAGCGUUGCGCAUGGGGGUUAUGAGGAGGGCCGAGAUUCGAGAUAUUCACACUCCGACGCAAUGUCGCGCAUGUCGCCAACUCGAGCCUCUUCACACGCUUCCGCCGUGUCGUACCAACAGUAUGCUGGGGGAACAACAACCCAUUCCGCCUAUAACCCGCAGCAGUACGGACUUCCGCACACGCAGUCGCAACCGAUAUUAGCCUACAAUCCCUCACAGAACGGUUCUAACCAGGGUGCCUACGCAGCCCCAACCUCCGGCCAUCAGCCGUACAACCCUGCAGCUUAUCAAUCGACAACGGUCACCAGCAUGAGCUCGCCCGUUCUAGCUCGAAGGCAGAGCGCUACCUCGUAUUACGGCCAGACACCGCCAACCCCACAGUCUUAUGGCUUCUCCCACCAACCACCACUCCCACCCCCGCGGGGUCCUGAUCAUCCGUACGGGGUGCGCCCGGCUGGGUAUCAGCCCAUGUCGCCGAACCCUUCACCCUCUUACAUCCCGUCGAACUCCCCCGGCACGGUCCACAUGCCUCCGCCUUCGUCGCGCCCGUACUACACCGAUCCCCAAGGAGCUGCAUAUGAUCUACCUUCUCCUCAGUACAACUCCGGAGUCUCCAGUAGCUCUUACGACGAACAGCCUCCAACACCACCGGUUCAUCAGACUCAGACGAAUGGUCUCUAUGCUCGGCAACCGAGUAUAUCUCAUUCAGGGCCAGGGCGAUCCCUACCAACUCCCCCAGUACAGUCGGAUUUGCCCAUUAUGCCACCAAGGCGAACAGAUACACUGACUCGACACCCUCAAUCCCGACCUUUACCUGGCCCACCGGCCGAAGAAUUGGCGACAAACGGUCAUAGUCUACCGGUUGAGGCGCCCAUGGCAUACGAAGAUGUCAUGAGACAGGAUGAGACUGCAGCUCUGGAAUCUCAGAGUUUUGCUCGGCGCCAUAGUUCCAGGGCCUCUCGCGCUAGCUCCUCCCGCCAGCGCCUGUCGCCCGAUGAACAGCACACCCAUACCAAUGGAAGCAUGGACACAGGCACAGGGCACUAUGUGAACUACGGCGCUCACGGCGAUGACAAUGAUGCUGAAAUUGCGUUCGGGCUGGCGAUGCUGCAGGAGGAAGAAGCCAGGGACGCUCGCGAGCAGGAACUUCAACGGCAGCGCAAUGAAGGCCGGAUGCGAAGUGAGACCAACGCCUCGGUACUCAGCUCUCGCGGAUCCAACAUUUCGCCUAGAGGCCACUCGCCUAGCCCCGACCCGCACGCCGAUAAUGACUUUAUUGGUCACGACUUAGCACUGUACGAAGGAGGCUACCAAGCAAACCUUCACUAUGGCGAUGAACCAUCAUACGGCCGUGACGAUUAUAUGGAUACUCCGGCGGGAAGUAGGCUUACAGCUACAUCCGGGUCAUUCAGAAGCUCCAAUGUAUCGCCGGAUGAACGUGGAGAUUAUUACGACGAGUACGAACACCCGGCCAUUGCAUACGAAUAUGCAAAUCGACUUCACCACCUGCCACCUGAUGCCCGGGUUGAUGCUGGUGGCACCGGUGGACUCUCAGCACCGGACGCCUACUCUCGGCGGAUGAGCUUUGACUACGGCGAUGAGGGCGAAACACCAUAUGGCCAGCCCCAUUCGGGAGAUCAAUCCGACGACGAAAGUCCUCAUCGAGCCGCGCACGAAGACCUUUUCUUCCAUCCAGGAAUGCGCCCUUUGCCACCAGCACCUGUUGACCCGGCCGGCAAUGUCGAUCUGGUAUCUCACUUAAUGCCUGCGGGCACAUACACUCACCACCCGGAGGAUGAACAGGAUUCAUAUUCACAGUAUCACAGCCCCUCCUUGCAAGCCAAUGCUGAUCCCUAUGGGGAUGUUUUGCUGAGCCCCUCCCAAGUCCCGCGGUCGUCAUCUCUGUCGACCCCUAUUGGGCCUCGUGCUGAUGCGCCUAUCAGGUCGAAGACCGACGCGGACCGUCUGAGAUACAGACAGCAGCAGCAAGAGCUUCUUUUGAAGCUGAGACAGAAGGAUCUUCCUCAUAUAGACCCGGCGGCGGCGGCGGCCGUUACCUUGGAUUUGCCAAGUAUCCCGGCUAGUCGACGGAAGAAGUUCCAUCCUGCGAAGUUAUCUUCCGAGCAAUUCAAGAAAUGCAGCGAGCCGUGGGCUUUGAGUUCCCUUCUGUCCUGGAUUCGGGACCUAAGCGAGGACGAAACGGACCUCAGGGAGCAAGCAAUAGCCGACGCCAUAGUUGCUCUGUUCACCCACAAAGUCCCGACUAUGAAUAUUGCUGAUGCCGAAACGCUGGCAGCUCGUGUGGUCAGCGGUAUGCUUGAAGAAGGGGCACUGGUCAAGGAAGAAGAAUGGGUCAAAUUUGGCUCCGGGACACUCUCGGGUGUUUUGUUCCAGAUCACCGGAACUGGAUGCUACUCGGCCAAGCUACACUUGCAAGAGAUGCAUAUUGAAGACACCGAUAGCUUUGGUCGAUGCUACUCCCACCAUUGCAUGCGUACCCUGAAAAAGGUCAACCUCAAGGCGCAGAUGAUGGCCCCGCAGAAGAAGGUCGAGGACUGGGUUACCUUCUACAAGGUGCCUAAGGAGUUGUGGGAAUCUCACCCGAAGAAAGAGAUAGAUCGACAGAACAACCUGCACGAGAUUGUCACGACUGAGGAUUCUUACAUUGGGCAAUUGGAUGUCCUUAGGGAGCUUUAUCGUGACCAAUUGGCCGGAAUGAAUCCUCCGAUCAUCCCCGCGAAACGACUGCCCAAAUUCUUGGCCGAUGUUUUCGGCAAAGUUGAUGCCGUGAAAAAGGUGAACGAAGACUUCCUACUGGCACAACUCAAGUAUCGCCAAAAGGAGCAGGGUCCAUUCAUCGUGGGCUUCAGUGACAUCUUCAGAGAAUGGAUUCGGAAAGCGAAGAACGUGUACAUCGAUUACGCUGCAACUUUCCCUACCGCCAACUACCUUGUGCGGAAAGAGGCUGAACGUAACCCCCAUUUCAAGCAAUUCUUGAACCAGGCUCGGGAGCAUAAGAUGUCGAGUCGACUGAGUUGGGACACUUUCCUCAAGGCACCAAUCACGAGAAUUCAACGCUACACCCUUCUGUUGGCGACUGUCCACAAGAACAUGGUCAAGGACUCGGAAGAGAAGACCAAUGCGGCCCAAGCCAUUGAAGAGAUCAAGCUUGUUGCGUUGGAGUGUGACAACAAGGUUGGAGAGAUGAACAAGAAGGCUGACUUGAUGGAAUUGGCCGCUAAGCUGCAAUUAAGACCUGACAUGAAGAAAGAGGUUGAACUCAAUCUAGAGCACUUGGGUCGACAAAUCAUCCACCGCGGCGAGCUGCAACGCCCUGGCACACGAACCCGAUUCCUCGUUGAAACGCAUGCCAUUCUGUUCGAUCAUUACCUCGUCCUCGCCAAAACAUUCACAAUGCGCGACCGGGCUGUCAAAUAUGAGAGAUAUGAUGUGUCGAAACUGCCUAUUCCGAUGGAUCUACUAGGACUGGAAAGCACCGAUGAUGACCCUGUGGUCAAGUCAUCUGUCAGGGGUGUCUCAACCGUGACGCCCUCGCAAGGCGCUGUUAGCCCUUUGACACACACUGGCUCUGGUGCAUCGGCUGGAAAUGCAGUUAUUGACAACUCACGAGACGACAAAAUCCUUUACCCCUUCAGGAUCAAACAUCUGGGCAAGACAGGGACUUACACACUCUACGCUUUCUCCGCUCAAAACCGCAUGGAAUGGUGUCAGAAGAUCAUCGAAGCAAAGACGAAGCAUGCGGCGGCUCUUUUCUCACAGAACGCCGAGCCCUUCCGACUUCGCGUUCUCGCAGAUACUGCAUUCGCAUACUCUGAUCACACGCCUGGUUCCAAGAGUGUCACUAUCAAGGGUACACCCCUGCAUCGUGCAAUCAAAGAAGUCGAAAAACAAUACGAGGACUCUGGCUCUCGACCGCCCCCCGUUUGUAGAACGGGUGUCAAUUGCGCCACGGUGUUUCAGCAGCCUGCUGGCCGCAUGAUGUGUGCCAUUGGAACAGAGUACGGAGUGUACAUGUCUGAACUGAGCAAUCCUCGGGGAUGGUACAGAGCCAUCCCCAUCAUGCGAGUUACCCAGCUUGCGGUGUUUGAGGAUUUCAAUCUUCUUCUGUUGAUUGCUGAUCGAUCGCUGAUCGCAUAUCACCUUGACGUUGUCUGCCCCGCCAGCGGUGCCUCUCAAUCUUCUCAAGAUUCCUCCCGGCGCGCUCCCCAGAAAUUGUCUGGAAACCGUGAAGUGGGCUUCUUCGCUGCUGGACGCCUGAAGGACAGGUAUCUGGUAUUGUACAAGAAGCGCGAUGGGCUCUCUUCCACAUUCAAGGUACUCGAACCCGUUCUCCAAAAGUCAUCAUCCAACAAGACCCGCCUCUUCCGCCGCUCUCAGACAGAAUUCUUCCGCGAAUAUGAUGAUUUCUACAUCCCAGCAGAAACCUAUCGCAUCAACAUGUUCCAUUCAUCCCUCGCAAUCUCGACCCAAAAAGGAAUCGAAGUCCUCACCCUCGACAAGAAACAUUCCUGGUCGGUCCCAGACUUCAGCGCAAACGAAUCAGACGCCCAAGAUACCCUGCAAAGCAUCGCCAACCGUAUCACCGGCCUCAAACCCCUGGGAAUGUUCCGCAUUUCCGAAGGCGAAUUCCUGGUCGCGUACCAGCAGUGUGCGGUCUACGUUAACAAACAUGGUGAUGUCUCCCGCAGCGUCGUCAUGGAGUUCGUGGGUAGUGCGCACACGGCUUGUCUGUAUGGCAAGUUCCUAAUUCUCUUCAAUGACGACUUCGUCGAGGUGCGCAAUGCCAUGAACGGCCGUCUGCGCCAGGUGAUCCCCGGUCAUAAUGUUGUUUGCAUUGAUGACGGGAGCAAAAUGCCUGGUUCGUUGUACGGCAACGCCCAAGCGAACACAGGUGGCUCUGGCCUCGCUAGUGGCUUCUCGGGCACUGGGAAUGGGUUCUCUGGUCCCACGGGCAAUACCGUCAAGAUCUGCAUGCAGCACCCAGAGCAUGAGCGCAGCCAGCUUGUUUUGGAAUUGGUUGAGAAUGAGGGUCAGAAAGACUAA